UCCGGUAAACCCUGUUUUGUGGUAUUCUACUAGAAUUCGGCUGGAAGAAACAGGCUGGAACGGAUCCUAUUCCCUAUACAGCUGCAGCUCUCUCGGUAAAGGUUUAUCCAUCAUGCUGGAGUUAACUGGAAGGAGUCACUAUGCCAACACAGCAGAGUAAAUGCCGGGCGUCUUGCCAUCUCUAAUUCUUGGAUAGUGACGUCAGCAUAAAAAGAGGAGCGGAGCCAAGGGAUGGGCUUUAGGCACAAGAACUCACUUACUUUUUGCAUCACUGGGAUCGGUGUAUGGUCAGGCUGCUGAGGCACACGCCACACUCAUUUGGGGGGCUUUUUCCCCUGCCUGAGCAAGAAUACCUUUUGCCCCUCAUACCAUUUUCCUUGGUAAAUUGCUCCUUACCCCCUUUACCCUAACCCCCACAGUUUUUCUUUUCUAAUUUUUUAUCUUUUCCUCACUAAUUUGAUUUCCUGCCUGGGUGUGGAAGACUAGAGGCCUGCUAAUGCUGAUGUAAACCAUGUCAAGGCCAAUGGGACUCUUAUGGCUGCCUUUGAUCUUUACUCCGGUGUGUGUCAUGCUGAAUUCUAAUUUCCUUCUCUGGAUAACAGCCCUAGCGAUCAGGUUUACGCUAAUUGAUGGGCAAGCACAAUACCCAGUUGUAACCACGAAUUAUGGCAAAAUCCGUGGUGUAAGAACACCUUUGCCCAAUGAAAUCCUUGGGCCUGUGGAGCAAUACUUGGGAGUCCCUUAUGCUUCUCCUCCAACUGGGGAGAGACGUUUCCAGCCUCCAGAGCCUCCUUCCUCUUGGACCGGCGUACGCAAUGCCACGCAAUUUGCUGCUGUCUGCCCACAGUAUCUGGACGAGAGGUCGCUGCUCAAUGACAUGCUGCCCGUUUGGUUUACUGCCAACUUGGAUACUGUGAUGACGUAUGUGCAAGAUCAAAAUGAAGACUGCCUCUAUUUGAACAUCUAUGUGCCCACUGAGGAUGGAGCCAACACAAAGAAAAACGCAGAUGAUAUAACCAGUAAUGAUCGUGGGGAAGAUGAAGACAUACAUGAUCAGAACAACAAGAAGCCAGUGAUGGUCUAUAUCCAUGGUGGAUCAUACAUGGAAGGUACAGGGAAUAUAGUUGAUGGCAGCAUACUGGCAAGCUACGGAAAUGUCAUUGUUGUGACCAUCAACUACAGGCUAGGGGUUCUAGGUUUUCUGAGCACUGGAGAUCAAGCUGCAAAAGGCAAUUAUGGAUUGCUUGACCAAAUCCAAGCUUUGCGAUGGAUUGAAGAAAAUAUUGGAUCAUUUGGAGGAGACCCAAAAAGGGUUACUAUUUUUGGAUCAGGGGCAGGAGCAUCCUGUGUUAGUCUACUGACACUGUCUCACUAUUCAGAAGGUCUGUUCCAAAAGGCAAUCAUACAAAGUGGAACAGCCCUGUCCAGCUGGGCAGUGAACUACCAGCCUGCCAAGUACACUGCAAUUUUGGCAGAAAAAGUGGGCUGCAACACGUUGGACACUACAGACUUAGUUGAAUGCUUUCGGAAUAAGAACUACAAAGAACUCAUUCAGCAAACUAUCACGCCAGCUACAUACCACAUUGCCUUUGGGCCUGUGAUUGAUGGGGAUGUAAUUCCAGAUGAUCCUCAGAUUCUGAUGGAGCAGGGAGAAUUUCUCAACUAUGACAUAAUGCUAGGUGUAAACCAAGGGGAAGGUUUAAAAUUUGUCGAUGGCAUUGUGGAUAAUGAAGAGGGGGUCUCUCCAAAUGAUUUUGAUUUCUCUGUAUCCAAUUUUGUGGACAAUCUAUAUGGUUAUCCAGAAGGGAAAGAUACCCUGCGAGAGACCAUCAAGUUCAUGUAUACUGACUGGGCAGACAAGGAGAAUCCUGAAACACGAAGAAAGACCUUGGUCGCACUCUUUACGGAUCACCAGUGGGUCGCACCAGCUGUGGCCACGGCUGAUUUGCAUGCCCAGUAUGGCUCCCCAACAUACUUCUAUGCAUUUUAUCACCACUGCCAGAGUGAAAUGAAACCCAGCUGGGCUGACUCGGCACAUGGCGAUGAAGUUCCUUAUGUGUUCGGCAUUCCCAUGAUUGGCCCGACCGAAUUGUUCAACUGCAACUUUUCAAAGAAUGACGUCAUGCUCAGUGCGGUUGUUAUGACGUAUUGGACAAACUUCGCCAAAACUGGGGAUCCAAAUCAGCCUGUUCCCCAGGAUACAAAGUUUAUCCAUACAAAACCCAAUCGUUUUGAAGAAGUGGCCUGGUCUAAAUAUAAUCCAAAAGACCAACUUUAUUUACACAUUGGCUUGAAACCCAGAGUCCGGGAUCACUACCGAGCAACGAAAGUCGCUUUCUGGCUAGAACUUGUACCGCAUUUGCACAACCUAAAUGAGAUAUUCCAGUACGUCUCCACAACAACCAAGGUGCCGCCUCCUGAUAUGACAUCAUUCCCUUACGUCACCCGGCGUUCUCCUGGAAAGUUCACCACCAAACGGCCAUUAAUGACGCCAAGCAACAAUCCGAAACAUUCAAAGGAUACCCAGAAGACAUCACCAGAGGAUACAAGUGUUCUGAUAGAAAACAAGAGAGAUUAUUCCACAGAGCUCAGUGUUACCAUUGCUGUGGGUGCAUCAUUAUUAUUCCUCAACAUCUUAGCAUUUGCAGCUUUGUAUUAUAAGAAGGACAAGCGGCGCCAUGAGACACACAGGCGCCCCAGUCCUCAACGGAACACAACCAAUGAUAUCGCCCAUAUACAGAACGAAGAGAUUAUGUCACUGCAGAUGAAACAGCUGGAGCACGAUCAUGAGUGCGAGUCAUUGCAGGCACAUGAUACCCUGAGACUCACCUGCCCACCUGACUACACCCUCACUCUGAGAAGAUCUCCAGAUGACAUUCCACUCAUGACGCCCAACACCAUAACCAUGAUUCCAAACACAUUAACAGGGAUGCAGCCUUUGCAUACUUUCAACACAUUCAGCGGAGGACAAAACAGUACUAAUUUGCCCCAUGGACAUUCCACCACUAGGGUAUAGCUCUGUCAUUUGCCCCACCCUGUGCCACCCGGAAGAUUAAAAAUAAGAAAAAGAAGAGAAAAA